AUGACUGAAAAUGUGACUGGUGGCUUUACCAUCGCCAACUCAUUGCAGCGCUACAGGCCAUUUUCAGAUGGCUGGCCUGCUGACCGUUGCAAACCUCCACUUAUUAAGAAUGUGGGCUCGGAGAACCUCCCAGAAGUAACGGUCGCAGAAAGCCAACUAGCUGUACGCAAACUCAAAAAUGAGCGAGCGCCAGGGGAACACAACGUAAUCCCAGAAAUGCAUAAGGCUGCUCGCGACAAACUCUACUCAGCUCUUGCAACCCUUUUCACAAAGUGUUUAAUCGAAGGUGCGGUCCCUUCUUCAUGGAACAACGCCAUUAUGAAACUGAUACGCAAAAAAGGGGUUCUGAAGAAACUGGAUAAUUAUCGGCCUAUCAGUCUUCUCUCGCAUAAUUUACAAGCUCUUUAG